CUGAGCGAAAGUUGGUCGCUCAACCAAAUGCUCAGUUGACUGAGCCACCCAGGUGCCCCACGAAAUAAUUUUUGAAGCUGAUACUUUGUACUUGGAGAGACAGGAGUAAUUCCAGAGAUCACUGACUGCACAGUUCCUUGACUGAGGUCUGAAAUUACAUUUAUGUGAGUUUUAGUAUAACUAAACAACUGGAGUUACCCUAACUGCCUUUGAAAUCGUAGAUCUUUCUAGACGUUUAUAACAACUGUGUUCUUCCAUAAAUGAUCUACUCUAUUAUUUAUCAUUUUAUGGUUUCAUAUCUUUGCCAUUAAAUCAGUUGUCACUCUGAUGUUAAGUCCUCUUGUAAAAAAUGCUUUGUUUCCUUUUGUCUUCACUAUUAUUCCUGCUUUGGGCAAUUUUAGUGUGUCACGUAACAUUUUGCAACAUAUGAAAUAUUUCUUCUAAAAUUUAAUAAUUCUCAGAACUCCCCAGAUGUUCAAAAUAAAAUAUCACUCUGAUAGCACUGCAUUACUUUUUAGAAACACAAUUUCAAACCACAAAUAAAAGUCUUUUGCAACAGGGAAUUCCUAUAUGUGCUAAAAUUAUAUUCUCCAAUCUUAGAGCACCUAAUUUUCAACCAGUAAUGGGCUUUAUCAUUGUCAAAAUUGAUACAACGCUUUUUUGUAAUACAGCACUUUAAUUAACCUGGAUAUUCUAAUAGUGUUGAAAUAUGUCUGUGGAAUCUGACCUUACAUUAAUGAGGACACUGUUAUUCAUGAAUUCCUUUCUUCUUCACUAAUUUAGUGCUUUACAUGUUUUGCAACCAAUACUAUUCUGCUAUUAUUGUAAAAAUCCACUUAUUCUAUCAUGAAACACUUAUUUCAAUCUCUACACAAGUUAGUACCAGACUUUAUAUUGUUCAACUGCAAAUGAGGAGUCUCCCUCACCCUGCACCCCACCCGGUGUCACUGGACUAGCAAUGUCGUCAGCACAUGACACACACUCUUGAUCAAGACCUUCAGGGCAGUUUCCUCCACAUUGUAGCUGACACUGCUCAGCUGCAGACAUGGACAACCAAAGCGUGACUUAUGCGGAACUCCAUCAUGCUAAGGGCUCAAAAAGACAGCAAGUGCAACCUAAGGGCACGAAAAGUUCCAUUUCAGUAACUGAGGAGGAGAUAGCCUAUGCAGAAUUGAAUCUUCAAAAUGCUUCUCGGGACCUUCAAGGGAAUGGCAAGAACUCUCCCUGCAAAGGCAUCCUUUCUCAGUGUUUGCAUUUGUCUUCCUACUACUCACCUUCAUAUCCAGAGAAGCUCAUUGCUAGUAUCUUGGGAAUCCUCUGCCUCGUCUUGAUGUCCACUGUGGUAACAAUAGCUUAUAUUCCCUCUACUGAAGGACCAGAGCAGAACAACACAUCCCUGGAAACGACAAUCCAGAAAGAGUGGGUUACAUAUUCCAACAAUUGCUAUUACGUUAGCACUGAGAGAAAAUCAUGGAAGGAGAGUUUGACGUCUUGUGCUUCUAAGAACUCUAACCUGCUCUACUAUGAUGAUGAAGAGGACAAGUUUUUGUUGAAUUUACUCUCUGAUACUACAUGGGUUAGAGGCUCCCAGAGAAGAAAUCAUAGUUCAUCUGUGCAGCCAAAAGCCUUAACAUUUUCUUCUGAAGUGUUGUCAGUAUCUUCAGAGAGUGACAAGAAUUGUCCAUAUUUCAAUUUUCUUGCAAAAAAAACUUAUUUUGCACCCUGCUCAGUAAGAAGACCAUAUGUUUGUAAGCACCGGGCAUUUUAGUUACCUCAUUUUGGUAUAAUGUUAUUUCACCAUUUAUAAAGAAUACAUCUCUCAUUAUUUCAAAACC